CAGUGGCGUCGCGAGCCUCCCUGGCUGGGCAGAGGAAGAGGCUGUUGCUGUGUUUGUUUGGUGCGGCACACUGCUUGAUAUCCUCGGUGUUUGUGCUAUUAAACGGACUAAACCGGCCACAUCCGUGUGAAUAUCCACUCUGCGUCGCUUUGAAACCAGCGAAACGAUGAAUGGAAAGUCGGCGAACGGCACGGCGGGGGGAAUGGCCUGCAUCGAGGGGCUGCCGCCGCUGCCGAAGAGCCUGAGCGGCUUGCUGAACUCGAGCGGCGGCUCCUGGAGAGAAAUGGAGCGGAUGUACGCCAAGAAAACCAUGAUCCAGGACGACCUGAGCCGAGGCAGGAACAACGCCGACAACCUGCUGGCGAACAAGCCGGCCAACCUGGACGCCGCCCUGGCUCUCCUCCGGAAAGAGAUGGUGGGUUUACGUCAGCAGGACAUGUCCCUGCUGUGCCAGCUGUGGUCUCUUCACGAGUCCAUCCAGGAGUACAAGGGCAGCUGCCAGGACCUGAGCGCCGCCUCCAGCCUCAGCAUGAUGGAGAACGGCUACUUCGACGAGGACGACGAGUACUACCAGGAGCCUGGCACCACGCCCACCGGGGAGCAGCCGGACGGGGAGGUCGGAGACGGGAUGGAGGCCGCAGCCAAGAACGGCGGCGGCAGUGGCAAGGACGGCAGCUGGGACUCCUUUCAUGUCACCAUCUGAGGCCUCAUAUCGAAUGGACGUGUCUGCAAAUGGGUGGAUAUUUAGUGGCGUAAGACUGAACUAAUCUGAAGGCUCCGAUAUUGGCUCUGGAAACCUUUUGGCCCCGGAGCAGGGAGUGGUUGGUGGUAGGACUGGAGCUUGUGGUAUCUAAUUACCAUGUCGGGCCGCUCAAGUCUAACACACCAGCUGCAGCUGAAGUUUCACUCCUCCUCAGGUGAGGUAGACCCUGUUUGUGCUGCAGAGGUUUUUGCAGUGUGACCAGGUGCUACUUGAGGCUACAGGACUAAGCAGUUUGGUGUUUUCACAGGAGGCUCACUAACACUCUCUAAAACACUCAGGGGUUGAGAUGGAUUGUUUUACUCAGACUACACACACCUGAAAUUAGGCAAUACAUUUUCUUUGUAAACAGCUUUGCUACUGCUUGUAUGUCAAGUGGUUUUUGUUAGCCAACUACCCUUUUUGGCUUAACUUUUUUUUAUAUAUAUACAUAUAAAGGUAUAAACAAAGUUUGAUUAUUUAUUAUAUAAUAUAAUAUGAUAUUUUUAGUUUCCUUAUUAUCCUGUAUUAAAAAUUUGGAGUUUUAUACCAUGAGCCGGGAGGGAGAGAGGACUCCACAGCUUUAUAUCGUUGCUACAGGGUGGGAAUCCCAGGAAGUGGACUUCUGGGAUUUCUGAACUCGGCAAUCAGCGCUGGUGGAAUAAGUGAUGAUCAGCUCUGAGGACUUGUCAGCUGAGACAGCUGGGCUUCUGACUGACCGGUGUGUGUGUAUGUGUUACUUUUGCUUUAAGUGGUGAAAUCAUACAUGCCAAACCAGAUGGUCUGGACGGAAGUCCUCAGACCUGAAGAAUGCAGGAAGAAGUGGAGUCCUCAUACAGUGUAAAAAAUGUGUGAACAUGUAGUUAUUUGUAUUGUACAGGGAUGCGGACUUCACUUUUUUGCCUUUAGCUUAGCUGGAGCAGACAUUCGCUCUGAAAAUGUGAAAUGUUCAAAAUGCUGGAAACAGUUGUGGCUGUUUGCAUGGGUGUAAAACCUGGAAAGCUGGUUGUCAGCAGCAGAAAGCGAGCCUCCUUCAGUCUGCUGCUGAAAGCUCUCACUGCCUCGUGUAUUGGGUUUCUCUGUUCUGACCGACUGGCCAAUGCCUGCUGUUCUGAACAGGCAAAUCAUGUCAUUUUUGUUGCUUUUAUGACUUAAAAUAGCUACCCUGAUAGCACGCGCUCAUCACACUCUCCCUAGCCCCGUGUCUACUCCACUGGUUUUCAACGUGGGGUCCAGGGAUCUCCAGGGGUCCCUGAGGGUCUUCCAGCAUGGCCUAAUUUAGAUAGUUCAAGCACAAGAAAUCUGAUCCAGCAUCAUUAUCUGACCUUUCUAAUAUAUCAUUAAAAAAUAUAGUUUUCUUGUAAUAAAAAAAAGUUGCUUUUUUUCUUGCUAAUUUACUCAUGGCCAUGUUAUUGAAAGUGAUCAAGUGAAUUUUAUUGGGGAAAAAUAUGAAGAAAAAAAAAGAAAUUUCUUUUUUGUAACAAAAAAAGACAAGUAAACUGUAUUUAUAAUUGUUAAAAUGAUAUCAUCAGAUCCGGUGAUUCUGGAUUGGAUUUCUAGUGUUUACAUGCUUGUGAAAGAAAUAUCUCCUGAUCUAAGUCCAAAAUGACUUCAAAUGGGGGGGUCUGUGGCUUAUUGAAAGUCAACAUGGGUUUCCAGAACAUGAAAAAGUUUGAAAACCCCUGGUGUACCCGACAUCAAACUCUCAAAUGAUUUGAUUGUAUUGAUGUUGCCCUUGCGCAUUUUCUCAUUGGCACAACGUCAAAGAGAUGUGUUUGUUCUCUGAUGUCUUCCCUAUGUUGUCCCAAUUUUAAAGUCAGGCUUCCGCUGUAAAUUUCAGUGGUACACACAUUUAGACAAGGUGCUUUUUCCAACUUUGAGCCAAUUCACGAUCUUAGAUCUUCAGCCUACAUCAGGUGUGUGGGUGCUAUUUGGGUAGCUAGCAAGUGAAUGAAUUCAUUGAAAAAUGAACAAAAAACGCAAAUAAGAAUGAGUUGAAGCUCACCAUCGAGCCCAGAUACAAAUUGUAGAGAACUGGGAAGCUUUGACUGUAGUCAACUUCCCACCGACUUUUCACUUUCCAGACGGAGCUGCGGUUCAUGAAACACGUUUACUCCCACCACAUCCUACACACAGAUCCUAACCACAUGUGCUCUGCAGCAGCCAGCCUGCAUUAUGGGAUGUACCCAUACAGGCUCAAAGACAACCUUAGGCAUGUACCACCUUUUUGAGAUGUGUGAUGGAUAUUCUGACAUAGGAGGUUAUAGGGGCUAUUUAGCCACCCCUGCCUCAUCCUAAACUAUCACAGUUUCCGUUGCUAGACAGUACUGGAGCAAGUUUGAACUCUGGAGAACUUGCUUUCAUUGUACGCGAGGCAACGAGAGCAGGCACACUCGGCAGUACACUGAAAUAAUGCUGCCUUUGUGGAUCUCUUGAUGUUCUCUAAAGACUGUAUUUGAAACCUUGCACAAAAAGGCAGCAUUAAUUUAGCGUCUGUCUUUUUUUUCUCCAUUGUCCCACACAGUGUAUACUGCAGCUGGCCCAAAUAUUUAGAUGUGCAAAUGUUAAUACUUUUACUAUAAGAAUGGUGUGCACAGUCUUCCUCAGUAUCUAAACUGUACAGUGAGGUCUCAGCUGAACCUGCAGCAUGCAACACACAGCAGCUCGAUCACUGCAGCUACUAAUAGAGCUACUGAUACAGCUUCUCCUGCCGCUGGCUCUAUAAAACUCCCACCAUCACGAAGAAAGUGCAUUUUCUUCAGUAAUGUGUCAAUAUUGUCAAUAUCUAUAACCUGUGUGCAGCAUUUGACAUUAUAUGUUUGUUAACUGGUCCAUACUUUGUCUUGUGGAACACAAACCAAAGAAAAGUACAACACUCAAUGAAAUGUAUUGGCUUUUAGGAACUGAACAAUGCAAUGUAUAUUCAGCUAGAACAAAAUGCACAGAGCUAGCCUCUCUCAAAUGGUUAUGUUUAAACUCACUAGCUACAGAAUAUCAUUUUGAUGUCUCAAAAGAAUGUUUUCACAACUUUCUCAGUUGGCCCCAACAUUAAGGCUGAAGAAUCGGUUGAUUUGUGAUUGAUAAAUGCAGUUGGUCACUUUAAAAAUAGAGUUGUGACAGAGAAAAGCUGGAUAGUUUCAGUUGACUGAUUUCAUGAAUACAGGCUGUCCUCAAUGUAUUGCUCUUUUAGAUUGAUGACUCUGACCAGUAGCUUACUUCAAGAAAACUGCUGUUUUAAGAUAUUCAUAGAGAGUAAAUAAGCUUUGAUUUGUAAUCUCUAAUGUAAAAUCAAUAUUGCUGAUUGACUAAUAAGCUUAAAGUCUCCAAUGCUUCCUUCAUUGUCAACCACCACAGGAUUUACACACUUGGAUGUAUAAUAAGCUCUGAAAAGCAAAUUAUGGCGACACUAAUCAUUAAUUAUUGGACAGUAGCAUGGUAAACACACAGACAAAAGCAAUGUAAACCAGAAUGGCCAUUUUAAUCAAAAUUCAACUCGGUGAAAAUGGUAGUCUGCCUUAUUUUCUUUAUGUUGAUCUAAUGAUCAACUGUUGGAGGUUUUAUACCUCUCCUCUCUCGGUCACCUUUUAAGAGUCAUUAAACAUCGCUACCUAGGUUAAAUCUGAUAAAUAUCCUUGUUCGUAUCCACAGUGUAUUUAUUGGCUUAGAAUAUCUCCAGAAUGAAGACAAGAUGGUGUUAACACCACUGUCACCCGGAAAAUUAGACUGAAUGUCUGCUUUCUGGAUUAUUUCUGAAUGAUUUUUUCGAUCUGCACGGGCCACAUCCAGUGAGCAGUAAAUAUGCCGGCCAGCAUUACCAUGGUAACAGUUCUCACUCAUCAACACAGUGAAAGCUGGGGAGACCUGAGACUGAAUGCCAUUAGAAAUCCAGUUAGAUGGAGUUCACUAUGCUUUGGUUGUAAAAUCUCCCAAAUCAGAUCAGAUCAAACAAUGUAAUUAAUGUGGUGUAAAGAUUUCCAGUCAACACUUGAGCCAAGUCUUUCAUGGGAUGUCUCCACAAUUAGUGCCUUUUGAACACCUCAGGUCCCAGACUUGUUGGUUGUAUUGUCGUUCCUGAUUGUUUUCUAAUGUUUGACUCUCUUGAGUUGCACUUGAUUCAAAGCUGUUCCCUGUAGAAUUUGAAAUGUGACUUUUGGUAAUGACUUAGAGGACCAUACCGGUGAUUUUACAUGUUUAGCAUCUACAAAAUGCUGUCUGUUAUUAUUUCCCACAAGAAAAAAACAUUAUCAGUUCUAUGGUUUAUGAGUGGUGAUGAUUUUGUUGACCGCAGAAGCAGAACAUUAUGAGGUGAAUUUCUAAAAAAAUUAUUUAAAAAUCGCGGGAUUGUAUUACAUGUUAUGAAAUCUUUACUAUCCCUGCAUGAUUUACAUAAUGGUUUGUUACAAUGUAAAAUGCGAGUAAAUUGUAAUAAAUGAGUCAAACAUUCAAAAUCACUGGUAUGGUCCUUUAAGUCCCUUGUGGGGGUUGAUGGCUCAGUAGAGCACUAAGGUGGAAGUUGUCAUUUGGCAUAAUGUGUGCAGACUAGCAUUUUGGCUGUUUGGUGUGUAGUCCAAAAUUUUAAUGAAUGGGAUUUAAAAAAAAAAAAAAAAAAAAUCCAUUCCACAAAUAUCUUUGUGGAAUGGAUAAGAAUGAGACAAACUAUGUUCUGUUCCAAGGAUUAGAAUAUAUCCAUUAUCACCUGUUAGAGUCUUGCUAUUUUUAGUAACUUUGAACUUUUAUUUUUGGCUGCAGUGCUAAUCAUUUGGAAAGUGGAUUACAAUCAGCGACUACUUUACCUCUUCACGCACAAUUUUUGUUUUGAGUUUGUUAUGACUUUGCUGAACAUUCAAAUUAAGAAGUUUACCACAGUGUUGUAAUAAUAUUGUUGUCAUGGCAAACCAGCAAGUGUAGUUAUGGCUGAUGGUUGUAGUCCACUUUCCCAAACAGGCCAAAUAUAAAAAGUAACUGAAGGAUGAAAUUGAACAGUGAAGUAAAAAUAGUAAGCUUUCCUUUAACCCAAACUUAAAUUUAAUAUUUAAUAUUUCUUGUAAAUCCCAUUCAUAUUUUCUUCAUAAAUUUGGGACUACAAGCCUAAUGGUGGAAAUGCUAACCUAGCCUUGACAAUGACAGCUGACUUGUCUCUAUUAGACGAACAGGACAGCUUGCAACUUGACCCACAUGGUAGAAGUCUGUUUCAGAGCGCACUGUUUUGAACAUCAGCAUUGUACCAGUAAUUACCUUGUUAUUCUGGGAAUUUGAGUGAGCAGAUUUUCGGGGCUUGUAUUUAGUGCAGGCAUUGGCAAAAAAAUCACCCUCUUUACAAAACGUAACUGCUGCUAUCAAAGAGAAUUAAUGUCUUGAGAUGAAUAUUCUCCACAGCAGUUUUAACUUGCAAACAUUGUAACAGCCUUAAAUUUGUUAGAAAUUUGCACGACAAGCUAAAUCAUGUACUUCUCACUAUUUCAAACAUUUGAAGUAUGUUCAGCUAAUAUUUUGCACUUGUCUGUGGCUGUUGUGUCUGUUAUGCCCCCAGUCCUCGUACCUGUCUGAUCCUCUAUCUCUGUUUUUGCUUUUCUAAGUAUAAUUAUUAUUAUACAGGCAUAUGGUGCUCCUUGUACAGUAACAAUACUGUAGCUAACUCCAGCACAAUAAAUGGUUACAAGUCUAAAAAAGGAGCCUUAAAUUGUACACCAGCAAAUUGUACCUACUAUCAUUUCUACAGCUAGCUGUGGAAUAGUACGGGUGUGUAUAUUCUACCUAGAAAUUCCUUUUCACAUUUGGUGAUAAUUAAGAUGUGUGGUGAUUUCAUCUGAUGGAAAACUGUUGUAAUGCAGUGACAUGUCCCCACCUUUUGGAAAAAAAAAAAAAAAAUCACUGUUAUCACUGUAAAAAAAAAAAAAUCUAUUGGUGAUGUGCCUUGCAUUUCUGCAUCAGUUUUGCUGUCUGGUGGAUUUUGCUUAUUUCUGUGGACGACUGGCUACACGUAGACGAUGUGACGUCACGUCCACAUAUUUUUUUUGCGCCACUACGAUGGUUUCUUCAGCUGUCCGUGUUCAACAUCACUCUCUAGUGUCAGUCCCUCAGGAUCAAACAGCUUCUCUUUGCCUCAGCACUUGGUGUACAGCAGCCAUACUGGGACAAAUCCACUGUGGAAGAGGCAGAGACCAGUGUCUCCACCACCAGUAGCCUGAACAGAGCAGAAUGCAGGGCAGCCACAUGUGUUUUGCUUAGGGGGCGUGCCCAGUGCUCAUUAACCAGUGGAAUAGCUGGCCUGUGGAACACAUGAGCAUUUCCACAAUCCCCCCAACACAAUCUGAGAAAGAUUUUGGGCUGAAAUAUUUGAAAGCAUGAUGCAUUCACUCAAGAAAUUCACUUAAUUAUCUUGAUUAACUUUUAUUCCCCGCAAGUGAAUCCCUUAUGCCUCCAUAGAGACAGCCACGUUAAAGCCUUCAAGGCAUCAGUUUGAUUCGCUGAUGGAAUUUACAGAUUAUCUACAGUGAUGUGAUUCUAAAUGUACUUUCAGAUUAUAAUCCUUGAAUCAAAUUUUAUUUGUAUAUCACAAAUUACAAACAUGCCUCAAGGGGCUUCUUCCUUUUACAUCAUAAAGUUGGUUUCACUCUGUCAUUAGCGACACAAUAAGACAUCUAUUAUUCAUCGUAUUUUAUUCAUGUCAAUAUAGCCUGUAUCAUCCAUCAGUCAUUUAUGAAAUCUGUGUUAAAAAUGUAUUUAAUUCAUUUUGCAUAGACCGGUAAUUCAGAGGAGAUGUAAAGGCUGUUUUUUCCCCAUUUGUUUUUCUGGUUGCUGUUCCUUUAUCAGUGAAUGACCAUACUACUGUUUAUUUGCAUAGUUUGAAAGCUCUGUUAUCAUAGUUAUUAUACUGACAUGGAUUUAAUAAAGUGACUCCAUACUUUUGA